CGAGAUAUUCGCUUCUUCUCAAAGAGUAUGGACUCGUUGUAUCAGGCAUUUCACAAACGCACGGCGUCGCAGCUGAUUAUGAAGAUGGGGUCGUCUACUGGAAUGAAAAGAGCGAGGGCAAGGCUGGUAUUUACAAAUCCAUGUUGGAUGGAUCAGCUUUCCAGUACGUUGUUUCGGUUGGUGUGGAGAUUGUUGAAGACUUGGUGAUCGACUGGGUUGGCAGACACAUUUAUUUCGCGGACUCCGGCCGGAAGCACAUCGUCGUUUGCGAUUUUUAUGCUGCCAUUUGCAGUGUUGUCAUUAGUGGACAACUAGACAAAUCUCGUGCCGUGGCCGUCUAUCCUGAAGAGGGUUUGCUUUUCUGGUCUGACUGGAGUUCUAGUUCACACAUUGGUUCUGCUGGCAUGGAUGGAUCGCAGCGGACAAACGUAAUCACGGCAGACAUUAUUUGGCCUAAUGGAUUAUCUGUGGACGAAACCAUUCAACGUAUUUAUUGGGUAGACGGCAAACUCAAUCGCAUUGAAAGUUCGCGGAUUGAUGGAUCCGAUCGUAAAAUCCUUCCCUUUAAAGUGACCCAUCCGUACGCUCUCGAUAUAUUUGAAAACACAAUCUUUUGGUGCGAUCCUCUGGAGCACGAAGUUCUUUCCGUGAACAAGUUUACCGGCAAGGAUUAUAAGAUUUUGAUGAAGGAGGCUUCAUUAACUCCAACUGGCAUCCACGUUCAUCAUCCUUCCAAGCAAAGCCAUCUCACCAACCCCUGUCGAAACGUGAUUUGCAGCCAUCUCUGUCUUCUUUCACCAACCCCUACAAGGUUAUAAGUGCGCUUGCCCUGUCGGAAUGACUUUGAACAAAGACGGUCGUACCUGCGAGUCUAUUUCCGCUCACGAAUCUUCCAUCGUCAUCGCAACUUACACCGACAUCUAUCGCAUGACUCAUCACCAGAUUGGCAAGGAUUCCGUCUUUCGUCUGCCUACGCGUAACGUGGAAUACAUCGGUGCAUUGGCGUACAGCCCCUUAGGCCACUCAAUCGUCUACAGCGAAAUGAUUCAGAGGACGAUCUACUCGAUCCACCUGGAUACUUAUCGACAGACGGUUCUCUUCGAAAACGUCGACAUGGUCGAUGGGUUGGACGUGGAUUCCUUCACGGAGAACAUUUACUGGACGGAAGUUACUCGGGAAACUGUUGUAGUUGGCCAAAAGAAACACGAUGGUAGUUAUGACCGUCUAGUAUUGGCCCGAAAUCUUAACAGCCCCCAAGGUGUUACCAUUGGAUCCCAAUCCGGCAGGAUGUUCAUCGUCGAGGGCCGCAUCAGUCACGUCAUCAGCGUUUGGCAUAUGGAUGGAACUAACCGACAGGAGUUGGUCAAAGUUCGUGGAAUUGUAUCGUCGAUGGCUUACGACGGCAAACAUCUACUUCAGCGACUCCCUGCGAGGUACAAUUGAACGGAUCGAAGUCAACGGUGAAAAUCGAACCAUCCUUCGCUCUCAUCUGGGCACUCCGGUUGCCAUGGACGUCAGUGCAGAUUCCGUCUUUUGGCUGACUCAAUCCUCCACUCGCAUCAGCUGGUUGAACAAGCAAUAAGAGACGAAAACUAUGCGCGGCUUCGUAAUCGACGCUUCCGACGACAUAAACGUUCAGUAUCGUUUGAUGUCCGAUCGAUUUCAACAGUCACGAUCAUCAUUGCUUGGGGGAUACUGGAGGUUGUAGCGACAUUUGCGCACCAACACCUGAUGGAGUCACUUGCCUGUGUCCAUUGGGUAAAGUAUUGGGAGAAGAUAAACACGCAUGUACUAAAGCCGACUGCGUUGGUGUUGAAUGGUUUAAAUGUCGAACCAGUUGUAUUCCCGCCAAGUACCGAUGCGAUGGGGUCAACGAUUGUGCCCUAGGUGAAGAUGAGCUCCAGCGCCGCAACACGACGACAGAAGUAAAGUAUUCUUUAAAGGUAGGUAAUAUAAAUUACUUUUUUCUGAAAAAGACCGAGUGAUUGUAAGGUGUGAAAGUGGAUGCUUAGAUGGAUUAGGGCAAUAAUAGGCGUGGUUAACCGUUCUACAAUAAGAUGGGUAGGGAGAAGAAAUGUCAACACGCACUGACGAGCUCUCCUUUACCGAAGAUUACAUCAGCAGCGCAUUGUCUUUACUUUUCUUC